UUGGUUCUCUGAAAAAUUUACGGUAUCUUAACCUCUCUCGAGCUUGUUUCGGUGGAACGGUACCUCCUCAACUCGGAAAUCUCUCAAACCUUCAUUAUCUUGACAUAAAUUCUAUCGGUUGUGAGGCUUACAAUAUUGCAGUAGACAACUUCGCGUGGGUCGCUCAUCUGUCUUCUCUGCGUUAUCUUGAUAUGAGUUUUGUCAACAUGAGUAUUGCUACAGAUUGGUUUCAAGCAAUAAACAAGCUGCCAUCUUUGACAUAUCUUGAUAUUACCUACACUAAUCCUUCCGUAAUACCGAUUUCUCUACCGCAUAUCAACAUUACGAGUCUUAGAGUCCUCAAAAUCGCAAGCAACAACAUCAACUCCACCAUACCUAGAUGGAUAUGGAACCUUACCGGCAUCACUUACCUCGACCUUUCUUUCAAUCAAUUCCAUGGUUUCAUUCCUUCUGAAUUGAGUUUCCUAAAGUCUCUAAAAGUCCUUCUCUUGAGAUAUAAUAAUUUCAAAGGCGUGUCACCGAAAGCAUUUAAUAAUCUCUGCAACUUGAGCACUCUGGAUUUGAACAGCGUUGGUUUCACCGGACGAGGAAUUAGAUCAGUGGAGAGAUUGUCGAGCUGCACGCAACAAAAUCUACAGAUUUUACGUUUUGCAGAUAACAAAUUGAGGGGGAACUUGUCAGGUUGGCUAGAGCGCAUGACCAGUCUAACUAAUAUAGACCUUUCUGGAAACUCGCUAAACGGGACCGUCCCAAUUGGAGUCUGGAGGCUUCCUAACUUAACUGCAUUAUAUCUCGAAAGUAAUUUCCUCGAGGGUGUCGUAACAGAAAUCGAACUUUCCUACUUAAAGAGAAUAAAAUGGUUAUCACUUUCAUAUAACUCCUUACAUGUGCAAGUUAUGAGUCAUGACUGGACCCCUCCUUUUCAGCUGAAGGGACUCAAAUUGGCUUCCUGCAAUCUGGGACCGAAAUUUCCUCCUUGGCUGCAAGGACAGACCCAACUCGGAGAGAUAAACUUGUCGAAAACUAAAAUUGUAGAUACACUUCCUGAUUGGCUUUGGAAUAUGUCCAGUUCCCUAGAAGUAAUCGAUCUCUCGUAUAACCAAAUCAAAGGAAAAUUACCAUUGUCACUGAACCGUGUCAUGCUACGGUAUCUAAAUUUGAGCUCAAACCAGUUUGAAGGCCCAUUGCCAGCUCUUCCGCAAACUCCUACUGUCCUGGAUCUGUCCAACAAUUUUUUUACGGGACCGAUACCAAACUCUACGCUAUCGAGUUUAGAGUAUUUGCUUCUUUCUAAUAAUAGUUUCGACGGCAAUGUACCAGUCUCUUUAUGCGAAUCAACUUCAUUACUAGUUCUUGAUAUAUCAAACAACAAGCUAUCAGGAGAAAUUCCUCCGUGUUUAGGGAUGUCGCAAGAUCAGCUUCUUAUUCUGGAUACGAUGAACAAUAAUUUAUCUGGACAAAUUCCCGCCUCCCUCGGCAAACAAACGGGUCUUUCGAUAUUGAAUUUAAGAAAUAAUAGCUUGUCAGGAGAAAUUCCUUCUUCUUUGCAGCAUUGUGCGGAGUUAAUUAUUCUCGACCUUGGAUAUAAUAAUUUUUCUGGAACAAUACCUGAAUGGAUUGGACAGAGCUUAUCAGUUCUCAUGGUGCUCAGCUUGCGCUCAAAUGCGUUUCUUGGUAGCAUUCCUUCGGAAAUUGUACGACUCGGGUAUCUUCGAAUCUUAGAUCUCUCUCACAACAACUUAUCUGGAACUAUACCUCGAUCUAUUGGAAAAUUUAGUUCGACUGCUUCGGAAAAAGGAAUUCCGGAGGAUUACAUACGGUAUUUGGAAGAUGAAAGUGAUGAAGGCCUCAUGGGCAGCUUAUAUUUUGUCGUAAAAGGAGAGACACGGGAUUAUGCGAAACUUCUUUAUCUUUUCGAAAGUAUUGACCUUUCUUGCAAUGAUCUAUAUGGAGAGAUCCCUGAUGAGAUCGGAGAUUUACAGGCACUGCAGAAUCUGAACUUAUCGAUGAAUCUUUUGACAGGACAUAUUCCAGAUCAAAUCGGCAUGAUGCAUGAAUUGGAGUCCCUUGAUGUAGCAAUGAACAACCUUUCUGGGACUAUUCCACAAAGUCUUGCUACACUGAAUUAUUUGAGCCACUUAAAUGUGUCGUAUAAUAAUCUGUCAGGAAAAAUUCCGUCAGGAUAUCAACUGCAGACUCUCGACGAUCCAUCUAUAUACAUCGGCAAUCCAUAUCUUUGUGGGCCGCCAACUACGCAAAGUUGCUCCAGUAAUGAAACAACUCAUGUUGUUGGGAAAAAGUCGCAUGGCCGGUUUGAAAGAUUAGGGCUAUACAUUAGUGUGGUGUUAGGAUUUAUAAUAGAAUUUUGGAUUUUCUGUGGUGUUCUUUUGUUAAGUAGAUCAUUGAGAAUUUCUUAUUUCUCUGCGAUCGACUGCACGUAUGAUAGACUUUAUGUUGCUGUUGCAUUAACACUCAUUAGAUUCAGGAGGAGAUUUGGGGAAGUGUAGUUUUCUGCAGUUGCAUUUUAUGAUGCUUGAAAAAACUGAAUAUUGUGUUUCAAUUUACAAAGUUAAUGUACUAGCAUGCAGUGCUGAAAUGAUUGCUGUUUUUGGAAUCA